UGGAGCACUGUUAUAUGUUUGCCAUCGUGUCGGGGAAAAGUUGUUUUGGAAGGAGCGUAAUACUGUGACUGACUUGAUCAGUGCGGGUAUGGUCACAUGGACAAGGGCCUGUGCGUACCUCCGAAAAUCGGUCCAAAAUGCACUUCUAUCGCCGGAUCAGUCACAGGUUACCGUACAGGGGUGGCUCCAGUCUGUCAGGUUACAGAAAAAUUAUGUGUUUGCCUCCCUGAGCGAUGGCCUUGGUCCUGAAACACUUCAGUUGGUCUUCAAGCCAUCUCCGGAUGCAAAAGGUCUAAACGUGAACAGCUUUGUUCAGGUCUCCGGUGACCUGGUUCUGACCCCAGGCCGGAAACAGCCCGCUGAACUCAAGUGUCACAAGAUCGACAUCAUCAGACCCUGCCCUGCCGAUCAGGGCUAUCCGUUCCCGGCGCGGUCCCGGCCCACGUGGCAGCAAGCCCGGCAGCACGUGCACCUGCGCUCACGGCUGCCGCACGUGGCCGCCCUGCUGCGCACCCGUGCCGCCGUGACGCGCGCACUGCACGAGCACAUGGAGCGACGCGGCUACGUGCACGUGCACACGCCCGCGAUCACCGCCAACGACUGCGAGGGUGCCGGAGACGUGUUCACCGUCGUGGCGCCGAAACAGGCCACGUGCGAGGCGGAGGAGGAGCGGCGACCCUUUUUCGGCGAGGAUGUGCACCUCACCGUGUCUGGACAGCUUCACCUGGAGGCGAUCAGCAGCGGCAUCACGCACGUGUACUCGCUGAGCCCGGCGUUCCGCGCCGAGAGCUCGCGCACGCGCCGCCACCUGGCCGAGUUCCACAUGCUGGAGGCGGAGCUGGCGCCGGUGCAGCGGCUGCCGGAGCUGACGGACGCGCUGCAGGAGCUGACGCAGGACGUGGCCGCCACCUUCCUGGACCGCAGUGGACGGGAGCUGGAGCUGAUACUGCCCGACGCCUGGCGCGAGCAGCUGGCCUCGGUGGAGCGGCUUAUAUCGGCGCCGUUCGCGCAGCUGACGCACGCCGAGGCAGUGUCGGUGCUGCAGCGGCGGCGGGAGCCGGGGGCGCCAGCCGCUCCCGGCGGCGAGCUCAGCCGCCAGCACGAGCUGGCGCUGCUCGAGCACUGCGGCCAGACGCCAGUCUUCGUCACAGACUGGCCAGCCCGCCUCAAGCCCUUCUAUGUCCGCACCGAGGGCGAUACGGCGGCGGCGGUGGACGUGCUGGUGCCGCGGAUCGGUGAGUUAGCCGGCGGCUCGCUGCGUGAGGAUGACCCCGCUCGGCUAACGGCCCGGCUGCACGGGCUCGGCCUGCUGCCGCGGCUCGACUGGUACGCCCAGCUGCGCCGCUUCGGAGGCCCGCCCACCGCCGGCUACGGCCUGGGCCUGGAGCGGCUGCUGCUGCUGCUCACCGGCCUGGAGAGCGUCCGCGAUGUCGUGCCGUUCCCGCGCUGGUGGCAGCACUGCGACACCUAGCGCCGCCCGGCGGCCGCCGGUCCAACUGACGCGGACGUCCGGUGUGCCUGUCAGACUCAGAGUGGUUAGCGUUGUGAAAAUGCCUGUGUGUUGUGGCUCAUACCCCAUGUCUUUGAAUGUGUUGGCUGUGCUGCAAUACAUGUUUUGAAUGUC